AUGGCCGAGUCUGAUCCUCGAAACAGCCUCUAUGUUGACACCAUAGGGGUGGUGAACAAGGAGGAUGGUGCUAGUCCCUAUCGACUUGGGCGUUAUGGCGAGGAUCUUAUCCCAAGGCAGUCACACCCAGGAGAACUAGGCCGGAAUGGCGAUGUGACAUCUUCAGCUGAAUCACAGCAAUUCCCUUCAUCUGUCGACAAUGUGGCUCUGAUAAUAGCAGCCUCGAACGAACCUAGCGCUAUUUCUCCUACAACAUCAAACAAGCCACCCCCAUACACCCACAAUCCAAAUCCCUCUCUCAACCCCCCGCAACCAGCAAGUCUCCCAAGGAGAAUUACCCGCCGCAGCAGCAAUGGCAGGAUAAAGAGCGAACGCGAAGAGAAGCAGCAGCGCGAGCAACCACGACAGGGUCAACAGCGUCAACAGGAUCAACACGAGCAGCCACAACAACUCGAACUGCUCCAGCGAUCCCAGAGUGUACAGCCGCCACAGGUACCAUCGUCGCCUCCACCGCCAUCAGGACGAACAAGAUUCUACGCCAAUUUACCCAAGUCUCCAGAGCCCACAAGACACUCAACAUACAUCCCUUUUUAUCCAAACAUUCCGUCAUUCCCCAUUCAGGAAAGGCGCGACCCGGCUUUAUUCUCGCAGUCCACGUUGAAUCUUUUCCCCAGUUCUUCGAACGCUCCUGGGCGGUCCGCUACAACUUCCUUUGAAAACGCAUCACAGAACCCCGGGGGUCGUCGAAAGUUAACAAAACGAAGAAAAGAAGAAAGGGACGGAUUGCCAAUUCCUGACGGAAGGCGGAAUUCGACUGCGAUAUUUGGCUCCCUUGCAAAGAUUUUCGGCAAACGGAAGGAUACAUGA